AUGAACAUCCCGAUCAACCUGAAGCACCAGAGGUACCCGUUUGCGGCCUUCUGUUGCUCCGUAAAUGUGCAAUCCAACUCGAGUAGCAUUGCUAACUUCCCCAUCAACAACAACAACGCCAGUGACACGCUUACCCCCAAUGGCACAACCCCGAACGACGAAACCCCGAACAAUAACGGCACCAGUAGCAGCAGUAGUAGACUAAACAUUUGUCGAGAAGAAAUCAUGGAAAAUCCUAACAGUGACGUCACAGAUGCUUCCGCCGACAUCAUAAUAAAUAAUGGCCGACGAUUAGGAAUGUUAGUGGAUGAUAUAAAUAGCAGUGGUAGUACAGAGGCGGCCAACGUGAAGGUCCUCUAUUCGACAACUGCUAGUGAAGCUUCGGUAUUAAAAUUAUUAAAAAAUAACAAUAACGACGAUGCUGGAGCUGAAACUUCAAAUAUAACAGCAUGGACACACCAACAUGGUGAUGAUGAUGAUAAUGAUGACAUGGGAACAAAUAAUAAUAUUAAUAAUAAUGAUAAAGAAAAUAGUGAAUCACUCUUAGUGUUAAGAGCUCAAUGUGGCCCCACAAUAAACAGGCUGCCUAAAAACCAAAUGGCCGCCAAUAAUACAAACAAUAAUAACAACAAUGAUAAUAAUAAUAACAACCAUAAUAAUAAUAAUACUGUUACCAAACUGCUUACAGGCUAUGAUGAUGAUGAUGAUGAUGGUGAGGACGACGACGAUGGUAAUGAUGAUGAUGAUAAAAAUAAUAUAGAUAAUCCUAAAAUGGAUAGUAAUAAUAAUGAAAAGAAUAAUAAUAAGAAUAAUAAUAAGAAUGGUUAUGAUGAUUGUGUUACUAAUAAACCCAUUGGUAUCAGAAAUGCUGCUGAUGAUGAUGAUGUAAUUAUAAAUAUUAAUAAUAAUAAUAUAACUGUUAAUGAUGAUAAUAUAGAUGAUAAUAUUAGUAAUGAUAUGAAUAAUAAUAACGAUGAUGACGGUAAUGAUAAUGUUGUUGCUUAUGCAGCUGCUGCUGCUACUGCUGCAGCUACUAAUGCUGCUGCUGCAAGUGGAGAUAGUGGUGAAAGUGAGUGCACUCACAUGAGCUGGAAAGAGAUAAUGAUGAAAAAGGAAGAGGUGAUUCGAAACUCUGUGGCCAGUUGCUGCAACAACAUCAACAACAGUGGCGUCAACAACAACAACAAAAUCAACAACAAUGAUGUCAACAACGACAACAACAACAGCAACAACAACAUCAGCAACACCAACAUCAGCCACAACAACGACAAUGACGUCAACAAUAAUGCAGACAACAUAAAAAAUGACCUCAAUGGCAUCAUCAACAACACAAACAGCAACAACAAUUCUGAAAGAUUUCCAGUUGACGGCCUCUCGGAGACUCAACAUUUCCCAACUGCUACUGCAGUGACGGAUAGGAGUUUCGCAACAAAUCGGCAACAACAUCUCUAUCAACAGCAACAUCAACAACAACAUUCACCAUCUUUAUCAACAUCUAUUAUUGCAUUGCCAGCAUCAUCGUCAGCUGCCACUCAAGACAAUCGUAGCAAUAAUGAUAGUGAUAAUAAUAAUAAUCAGAAGAAGAAAACUUCAUUUAAGUCGAAAUUUAAAAAUUUUCUCACCAGAAAGAAGCCUAAAAUUACGACAACUAUGACGUCAUCGUCGGACAACAACACUACCAUCAACAACAACAACAACGUCAACAGCAGUAACAAUAAUAAUAAUAAUAACUUUGCUACAAAAACGCAUCGAUUUUUCAAGAAACACUCGGUCGGCAAAGCGCCAAGCGGCAACAACAAAAGCAACAACAACAUCAGUCUGCCAUUGUCGGCCCCGGUCCUCAACAACAACAACAACAACAUCAACAGUUUCUUCAGAAGGAACGAUCUUUCACCCAAUAUAAAUCACCACAGCAACAACAGCAGCAACAACACUACGAGAUUGGCUUCGUUUGACCUUCGAACUCGAGGCCUUCCCGAAUUGCCCACGGACCAUUUGGCCUUGAGACACUCGACUGCGAUUGGCGGAGAGGCCGAAAUUAGGUCAAGGUCGCAGAAUGCAGGCCACCAUCACACCAGGCUGUCGUCCAAUCAGUGCUCAAGUCUGGGGGAAUUCGAAGGGGCGUGUCUGAGUUUGAGUGGGUGGUACUGGGGUCCGCUAAGCUGGAAGGAGGCAGAGGAUCAGCUGAUCGACCAGCCCGUUGGGUCAUUUCUCGUUAGGGAUAGCUCUGAUGAGAGGUAUCUCUUGAGUUUGAGUUUCAAGGCAGAGGAUCAGAUUCACCACACAAGGAUUGAACAUUUCAGAGGUUCCUUCUCCUACUUUAUAAAACCGCGGGCUCUGGGCGUGCCACCGAUGAGGGUCAACCUGAUCAACCCCGUAUCCAGGCUCAUUUUCGUCAUACUGGCCGGCACCCGUCGAGAUUUGAUCGACCGCCUACCGCUGCCACUCAUCAUCCGGAAGUAUCUGACGUGCAGCCAGUACUUCGUCGAACAGGAGAGCAUCAUUACUACUACCUUUCUGGACAACAACAACCACAACAAACAAACAUCUAGUACUACUAGUAGUAGUUGCGGCGCUGGUGCUGAUGUGACGGAUGUUGAUGGCGUCGAGGGGUAUUUCGGUUUCAUCAUAGGUAUCCAAACGGCAAUCCCCGAUCUCGGGGAAAAUGUCGUCUAA